AUGCAACCAGAGCCUCUUGUCGUCUCCCAAAAUUCUUCCGCAGACGCCAACCCCGCCAACCCUUCUCUUUCUUUCCAGCAUGGAAAUGACCGUCGUUGUGAUGAGCCGGUCUUCGACACCCUCCCGCCUGGAGAUGUCGGAGACCGCCGCGUUGUCGACGACGUCGAUAGCGCCAUCGCUUCGUCCAAUUCGACCGGGGACGGUUCCCAUGCGUUGUUAUUACGACGACUGAACAGCGCUGACUCUGUUGGUUCUGUGCCGAUAUCUCCUGUCCAUUACGGCAGCGAAUUUGGUAGUCCGCCGCAGGUCAUGCAGUCUGGCUCGGCAGACUCGAAAUCAAAGAUCUACACUUUCCGCAUGAAGCCGCGCCAGUCUCUGGCCGGUCUUCCAAAUGAGGUCUUGACGCAUAUCUUGUCGCAUUUGCCUCCAAACUCGCUCAGUGCCAUCUCACUCGUGUCUCGCCGAUUCCAUACCCUAGUGACAACCCCUCAUGCCUGGAGAGUUGCGUUCGCGCGGUACUUUCCGGGCUCAGGAAGCAUCCAAGAGGACUGUGAGAUCGACGCACUGGUAUUGGAUAAACGGUCUUUUACGCGGCUGACGGCACUGGCAUCAUGGAGAAGUGAAUACAUCCUGCGAACACGUCUGCUGCGCUCUCUUGGCAGAGGUAAACCAGCCACACCUUCGUCUCCUGGAAAACACCAUCCUCGUGCUGGUGGUGUCCAGUCUGGCUCGCCUGUGGUUACCUACCCAUCUAAGCUGCUCUACCCUGUCAGUCACAUUGACGCAGUUUUCACCCCCACAUCUACAAAGAAACCACCACUGUUUAUCCAUGGGGCAGCUGAACAAGGCGCCGCCACGUCUAGUGACCCUUCAGCCGGCAAGUCAGGCUCUUGGGGCCUUGCUGCUCACCAACUCUUCCAACACUUUGCCGAUUUGUAUACUGGUGAGACUGAGUAUGGCCUAGGGGCGGGUGACAUGGUUGGACUCCCCAAUCCCAUGGAUGUCAGCCAGCUAUACGGCAUGAUUUAUGGCGAAGGAUGUCCUCAAGGAAGAAGCUAUUUUCUUUCUUCUGGCGAACAGCGUGGUCGUUUCCUCACUUUCUCUGAACUUGAUUCGGAGCCUGACCGUGGAAUUCCUGCCCUCAAUAUGAUUACAACCGCCGUCAGCUCCGUGUGGAUUGCCAAAUCACCAAAUGUGCUAAAAAUGACGAAUGGCAUGAUUGGUGUGCUAUCUGGCACCUCUUCUGGUAUAUUGACCGCCUAUUCUCUGGGAACGAGCGUUGUCCAUGAUCAUCGGUUUGAUCGCGGUCAAAUCACGGCCAGAUGGGUUCUAUGCCCUGGAGUGCCCAUUAUUUCUAUCGCGAUUGAUGAGAAUUUCUCUGUCAAACGCCACUCCAACGGCCGUGCCUGGGCGAUAGUGUUGAAUGCUCUGGGUGAAGUUUACUACUUGACGGAUAUCCCAGCCCUGCCCGAGACAACUACACGACGCACCCCUGAAGAGUGUGAAAAGCUUGCCUGGAAAAGUGGCCGUAGUGUUCGCUGGGAAAUGAUCGAGGCCACUCGCCGCAUUGCUCAACCCGAUCCAUACAACCGAGAGUUAGUCGAUGGCAGCUAUAGUCCGCGUUCCUCCACCGACUCGAUGGGUUUGAGCAAGGAUCAAAUUGCUGCUGAGACUAAGGAAAUUGAAAAGUUUCUUGCCUUUAAGCCAAAGCACUUUCGAAAAGUUUGCGAAGGCUGGGACAUGCGACGACAGCUUCAAGUCGACUUUGCAGGCGACGAUUUACACGGCGCAGGCGAGCUGCUCGUUGUCGUAAACUGUGGUCUCAACGAUGGUCAAACCGCGUCCAUCCGACGAUACGUUCGCCAACGGGUAUCGAAUGACCGCCACGUUGCUGUAGAGCAUUUUUCAAGAUUAUCCAGUCCCAAACCAGUGAACUCUUUGUUUGGCGGGCCAAGUACGCCUAUGGGCGAAGACUCCAGCACGUCGCGAUCCAGAGCUUCGAGCUAUGUUGAGAAUGAUAUUUCUACUAUAUCCAACACUACGUGGAAGAUGACAGAUUUUGUAUUCGACAACCCGAGGUCCCUGCAGGUAACAUCAACUACAAUUGAUGUGUCCACGCUGGCCCAACUGACCGCUGCGGAGGAUCCUCUUCUUGGCAUGUCUGGGACAUCUACUUCGUCGUCUCCCCUUUCUUCUCCUUUGCCUCAUAUGAGUUCGACUGGCUCUGGGUCUGAAAUUCCUGGACAGCGAGCUCGUCUAAUGGCCGUCGGAACAAAUACGGGCUCUGUAUAUAUGUGGAAUAUGCGAGCCCCGCUUUCGCGAACUUCAGAUGAGAUUAACUCGGUUGCUCCUGUGAGAAUAAUUCGCACCGAGUCUCCUCAGGUCUCAUGCCUAGCCCUGACGUCUCUCUAUCUCGUACAUGGCGGGAAUGAUGGUCUUGUUCAGGCGUGGGAUCCCCUAGCAUCUACCACACGACCAAUCCGUACUCUCCACUCUAGAUUUUCGUCGCGUGCUCGUCGUCGUUUGAUCCAGGCGGAAGCGUCCAUGCUUGGAAUUGGCAACAACUUUUUCGCUGCAGGGGCAAUUUGCCUAGAUCCCGAUCCAACAGUCCUACGUGGCGUGGUUUCUCUCGGGUCCCAUGUGCGAUUUUGGUCGUACAGCUCGUCUGCAGCUGACGAGUACAAGAGUAAUAAGCGCCGCUUGCGACGAUCUCACCGGGGAAGUCUCGCAUCUGGCGAUGGACAACGCUUUAGCAACACUGGUCGCGGCGCUUUGAACGACUUCAUUGCAGACGAGCAGCAGGAGAUGAAGCGUCAGACUGUCGAGGACCAGAAGCAGAAAGAGCUCCUCAGCCAUCGAUUCGGGAUAGAUUUGCUUGGGCCAGACGCGACAGAAGACGAGCUCAUGGCAUACGCCCGGAUGCUGAGCGAGGAGAGUUUGAAUAGCGACACGGUCAAACAGCAGAAAGAAGGCGAGACCAGCCUUGUGGCCAGCAGCGUAUCUAGCGACACUAUUGCAGCUCAAGACAGUUCCUUUCCAUCGCGAGAGUUUUCUUCGUCCUCAUCUCCAGCACUCGACACCGUUGAAGAGGAGCUCGCACCGGAUAUUGCCGAGGCAAUACGAUUAAGCUUGCUUGACGAGGCGUCGAGCGGGGGCGAUUAUUAUCCUUCUCCAAGUAGUUCGAUUCCGAUCAAAUAUGCCAAGGGCGCGAGAAGCGGCAGCCGCCGUCUCCAUUCGCCAGUCUCGUCCUCACCCGAGGUCGAGGGCAGCAACCGACAGGAGAUGGAUGACCUCGAGUUUGCCAUUCAGCUGAGCUUGGCCGAGGAGCAGAGCCGUGGACAGGCUGCCGCAGAGCAAGAAGAAUUUCCGGCACUAAUGACUUCGUCGUACGAUGGUGCUGACAAGGGGAAAGGCAAGGCGAGGGCUUGGUAG